AUGGAUAAGCUAACAGUAAUAUCAGGCACUUUAUUCAUGACAGCUGAUGUUUUUGCUAUUGUAAGCCUCGCAAUGCCAGACUGGAUAAUCACCGAAGUUGGAGGUGACACUCGCCUUGGCUUAAUGUGGUCCUGUAUAACCUUGUACAAUAGGCCUCAAGUAUGUUUUACUCCUGACUUACAACCUGAAUGGUUAUUAGCUUUGAUUUGUAUAUUCAUUGGAUGUAUAUGCAUAACUACAACGGUGAUCCUUUUAGCGUCCAGUCAUUUUGACAGGAAUGUAAUACCAUAUGCACGAUGGGUUGGAUUUGCAGCCAUGGUUGUAUUUUGCCUAGCUGCAGUGAUAUUCCCCAUGGGAUUCCAUGUGGACGAUAUUGGAGGACAGCCUUAUCAACUACCGAACAGUCAUCAAGUUGGCAUAUCAUAUAUAUUAUUUGUAUUAUCCUUAUGGAUUACUGUGAUAUCAGAGUUAUUUGCUGGUAAAGUUUGCCUGCCUCAUUUUUAA